AUGCCGAUCGUCGAAUUGGAAAGGGUUGAAACAUUUUCCGCUUCUCAUCGAUUGCAUUCUCUAGCGUUGACUGAUGCGGAAAACGAAGAGACGUACGGUAAGUGCAAUAAUCCGAACGGCCAUGGACACAACUAUGUAUGGAGGGUAACCCUAAAAGGCGAAGUCAACGAAAAAACGGGCAUGGUCUACGACUUGGCGCUACUCAAACAAGAAAUGGCAAAGGUACUCGACCUAGUUGAUCAUAAAAAUUUGGACAAGGAUGUGGCGUACUUCCGGCAACGGGUGAGCACGACCGAGAAUUUGACAAUCUUCCUGUACGAAACCCUCCAAAAGUUUAUGAAGAAGCGCGUUGAUGAUACAGAAUUGUUAAUACAACGUGAUGGAGCCGACGAGUACGAUGCGGAGAGCAAUCGUAAAAAAACAGGCCAUUCGUUCAACCCUUGGCCACAUGUCUUCAACCUCACCAAUUCGAUAAUUGGCGUCAGCGUGCUGGCAAUGCCCUAUGUUUUUCAACAGAUAAUGAUGCUCGCUUUCCUCGUCUCGUGCAUCGUUGCGUUUAUGGUUGUGAUAGGAGAUAUUGGGCCAAACGUCGUUGCCGACUACCUGGAGCUCGAAGCUCCGACUCAAAGGCUUCGAAUUUUGGUCAUGUUUUAUGGGAAGGCACCUGGAGUAUUCACGUGCAUUGGUGGCGUUUCGAGGGGUUCUUUCCAUGCCUCCCAAUUGUCGCGAUGGCGCUCGCCUGUCAGACGCAACUUUUUCUCGAUUACCGACAGUAUGAAAGAUGCGACGGAUGAACAUGUUGACGCGGUCGUCGCAUCAGCUAUAAACCUUUGCUCUGGAAUGUACGCAGCAGUCGGCCUGUUUGGCUACGUAACUUUCUACAACCUCGAGAUGCACGGCGACGUUUUGGUCAACCUCCAACCAACAUUCUUCACGCAAAUGCUCAAGCUGGCCUUUCUCCUCUCAAUCGCCGUCUCGAUCCCGUUGAUGCUCUUCCCAGCACGAGUCGCGCUAUUCAACCUCCUCUCACCACAGGGUUCUUCCGAUCACGCAGGGCCAGCCCCGCUCCACAACUCUACCUUCCACGUCCUGACCUUCGUGCUGUUGCUCGCCAACCUCAUCGUGGCCAUCUACGUUCCAAACGUCGAAUUCAUCCUGUCCCUUACCGGUUCCGUCAUCGGCUCGUUCACCUCCAUCAUCCUCCCCUCCCUGAUGUUUAUCGGCGUGAUGAAAGACAAGACGACACCAAUGAUCUUUUAUGCUAGGAUGUGCAUCUUCAUCGGCAUAACAAUUCUCUGUCUCUCCACCAUCGCUACCCUUCAGACCGAACAAAAAUCCGACGUCGUUGAACGACCACUCCCAAAAGCCGCCGCCGACGAGAAGGCGUUGCGAAGCUUGGAGAAACUGGAAGAGAAGGUUAUGGAUGCGAAUAUCAACAUUUCACAGAAACUGGAGAAGGUGGCAGACCUAGCAAAAUCUGGCAACGAAAAAGAGGCCGAAAAGCUGCUGCUCGAAAUGAAGGUCCAACAGAAGGAGCAGCAAGAGUUGAUCAAGAAACAAGGGGAAAUAGUUGAAGAAUUGAACAGGCACGUCGAAUUACACCACGAUCACAAGGAAAAGGAAGCUGCGGGGGAUGAAAAAAAUGAUUCGGACACGGAGAAAGUUAAACCGUUGGAGCACAAGCAUGAUUUGAAAAAGGAACCAACAAAAGCUCCCCAAGAGCCUGAAAAACCGCUGGAAAAGCCCGUGGAAAAGCCGGUUGAGAAGCUGGAGGAAAAAUCUGUCAAGUCUCCCGAAAUUCCAAAAGAAGAGCGCCGAGAACCGAGAGAAGCUCAGUCCAACGUUACUGCCACUAUCAACAUCGUCCAGCCUAAAGACAAUGCUACAGACUCCAAACAAGAACCC